AGCCUUCGAAGUCGCCCCUCAACCGGCUUCUUGCACGGUAGUAAAGUCUUGAGGUCACCUCAACCUCUCGAAACCCACCAGGCCCAGAGGCCAACUUUUCUCCUUCAAAGUCGAGGAGAGGGAAAGGCGUGCUGUGCAUGGAGCUUUGCAUUACGGUUCGCUCUCUCCUCCUCAGCCGUCCGAAAGCAGGCGAGAGUCCCCAACCGAGCCCUCGACCCGCACACGCCACGCCUGCCCCGACUUGCUGUGCGCUCUGCCCUGCCACGUCCGGGCUCGGAAACCACCGGCCACAGACAAAACCCGCCCGCCCGCGCCCCUCUCUGGCUUGCGGCGCCCGCCCGCGCUGCAGCCAGCCGCCCGAGGCGACGCCGGCUGCCCCUCCCCACCCCCCCGGGUGGCAGGUUCAGGCCCCGGGUCCGAGCCUGCGCCUCUGCAGCUGCCACCGCCGCCGUCGCCGCCAGGGGGAGAGAGUCCCAGUUGGGAAAAGUGGUGUUGCUGCCUUGGUGUGAGGGUGCUUUCAAACUAUAGGUUUCUGUUCCUUUCCCCCCGUUUUUGAAGAGCGGAGAAGAAGAUGGAAACCGAGUCCGGGGCGCAAACAUCAAAUCAGACGCAAACAGAUUCAUUAUCUCCAUCCCCUAAUCCUGUGUCACCUGUGCCUCUGAAUAACCCAACAAGUGCCCCAAGAUACGGAACAGUGAUCCCUAAUCGCAUCUUUGUAGGAGGAAUUGACUUCAAGACAAAUGAAAAUGAUUUAAGAAAAUUCUUUUCCCAGUAUGGGUCUGUAAAAGAAGUGAAGAUUGUAAAUGACAGAGCUGGAGUAUCCAAAGGGUAUGGUUUCAUCACUUUUGAAACACAAGAAGAUGCACAAAAAAUUUUACAAGAGGCUGAAAAACUUAAUUAUAAGGAUAAGAAACUGAACAUUGGUCCAGCGAUAAGAAAACAACAAGUAGGGAUCCCUCGUUCUAGUCUAAUGCCAGCAGCUGGAACAAUGUAUUUAACAACUUCAACUGGAUAUCCUUACACUUAUCAUAAUGGUGUUGCUUAUUUUCAUACUCCAGAGGUAACUUCUGUCCCACCACCUUGGCCUUCACGUUCUAUAUCUAGCUCACCUGUGAUGGUAGCUCAGCCUGUUUAUCAGCAACCUGCAUAUCACUACCAGGCCCCUGCACAGUGUCUACCAGGACAGUGGCAGUGGGGUGUUCCUCAGUCUCCUGCCUCUUCUGCUCCAUUCUUAUACCUGCAACCUUCUGAGGUUAUUUAUCAACCAGUGGAAAUUGCACAAGAUGGUGGAUAUGUUCCUCCUCCACUGUCUUUUAUGGAAGCCUCAGUUCCAGAGCCUUAUUCUGAUCAUGGAGUUCAAGCAACAUAUCACCAGGUUUAUGCUCCAAGUGCCAUUGCUAUGCCUGCACCUGUGAUGCAGCCUGAACCAAUUAAAACAGUGUGGAGCAUUCAUUAUUAAGACACUUGGGCAGCUCUAGUCCAACUCAACUGAUUCCUUGUCCAAUGAUCCUCGUGUGGCUGAGAUCCAGCUUCAACAAACCGGCUAGAAGCUGCCCGUUGUGAAACUUAGGGUUAGUUAAUACCUCACCAUACUUAUUUAUUCCACUAUAAGCUGUCUAAAUUUGAUGAAAUUUGCUUUUUCAGCUGUUCUACAAAAGUAUUUAGAUAGAUGUGGCAUGUUGGGAUUUUUAUGUGUUAAUCUAACUUUUUUACAACAUGUUUUAUCCAUUCCAUAAAUAAUAACCAAUUGGGAAUAGUGA